AUGAUGGUGAUGGUGGCGCUAAUGAUGAUGAUAUCGAUAUUUGAGGUAGUAAUAAUGAUAGAAAUAACGAUAACGAUGAUAAGUAAUGGCAACUAAAUUGAGUGGAGUCCAAUUCGGUCUGUAAUCAUGGAGUGAUUUAUUGCUUACGAGUAUGAUUACUAAGUGAAUGGGACCAAACAAAUUUCUGUCCGCACAAAUUAUGACUAAAUUAGAGAAAAAAUUCAGCAUCUAUGAUAACUUCUCAAAAGAAAAAGAGCAAACAAAGAGAGAAGCAAACAUUAGUUUUAUCCCAAGAAAUGCGCGGCAACGGCGUGCACACAUGACGCGUCCAAUUAUACAGGCAAGUCGCGCACACUGCCCAAAACACUUAUGCAAUUGUAAGCAUGACGCGUACAUUGUCCUAGUUAAUACUCAAAUCGGGAUAAUGAGAACCAAUCAAAUUCGAUAGUUCUGUUAAAUAGAGUCUUGAUUACAAUGAUCAUGAUGACAUUUAUUUCAUAAUGACUGAAGAGGUGUACUGAAGAAGUGAACGGUGUAGUCGCAGUGUGUUUGGGACGGGUACUUGAGAGACCUGAUCAGACAAGGCUAAUGGAGCCUGCUAAUACUCAUGUUAGUUCGCUUUUUUCAGUUCUUACCCUUUUCAAUCGUUUUUUGAUUGGAAGAGGCCUCGUCAUAGGCUAACAUAAGUAAAGGCGGCAAUAUUAAAUGCAAUGUGGAAGCUUGGUUAUGUUAAGUUUCUGAAUAACAUAUCAAUCCCUUUCAUUUAACUUCACCUAUAAUACAAGUAAAUAUUUAGUUCCUCAGUCCAGUUAUGUGAACUUCUUUUUGUGUUCCGUGUUAAGGUGAAUGAUUCCCAGAGACUGUCGAGAUGGCUGGCAAAGCAGUUUCUACCAAACGUAUACAACCAAGACUGGUAUAAUGGCCUCGAAGAGCCAAAUGAUGUUUACAUCGCUAAUAAGAUGUCCAUAUCGAUUGGCAUGCCUUGGAUGCGACAGCUAAGAAUUCAUAAAAGUGCUUUUGAUUAUAAUUAUAGUUGAAUAAAUUGCAAAACUAUUUUUACAUAAUUAACUUUUUCCCGAUUCGUUUCAUACUUCUAUGAUUCCUAUUUUUUGUAUUCUGAAGGUCGUUGUGAGUCACUUUCUGAAACUAUACCAGACUGCUACUACGACUAUUCUCCAGAGAUAGAGGACACAACAGAGUUGAGUCUUCCAGGCUGGCGGCCACUUCCCUUAAAUACAUCCUGGCCAAAGGCACUUCGAAUUUGUCCAAAACCCUGGCGUUACCAGACAGCUGAAACGCUGGACACUGAUCCUGUAAAAGCCGUGUACAACAAUUAUGGAGGAGGUGGCUACGUAGCUGUCUUGGGAUAUGAUGAGCAAACAGCACGUGGCGUUUUAGAUGAAACCAUUGGCCAUGGAUGGCUUGAUCGAAAUACUCGUUCAGUAAUCGUGGAGUUUGCAGCGUUCAAUUUUAAUACGAAUUUAAUUAGCAUUGCAACGUUUAUUUACGAAAUGAUUGCGGCUGGUGCAGCCUACACAGUUAUGAAGGUGGACACUCUCGAGUUGUACAGCACGGAGUCGGGGGCUCUCAUGUUCUAUCUCAUCUGUCAGUUUUUAUUCUUGGCAGUGGUGCUAUUCUACCUCAUCAUGAUGUUGUUUCACCUUUACAGAAAACGGUUGGGAUUUUUUAAGUCUAUCUGGAAUAUGGUUGAUUUCUUGAUGAUCAUCUCUUCUACAAUGUCCGUGGUGUGCUACAUGAUCAGAUCCAAGAAAAUCUUAAACAGCAUCAAUGCAGUAAAAAAAAAUCCUUUCGAAAUAAUUCAUUUUCAUUCUGCUUUAAGUUGGGCUAACUGGGAAAAUGUCUCUAUUGCUCUUGCGAUUUUUAUGGUUACAGUAAAGCUUUUAAAUCUUAUUCGUUUUAACCCUUAUGUCAUAUACUUGUUCUCGUCUUUCCGACAAUCUGUAAGCUGCCAACUGUCAUAUUUGGUUUUCUUUGCCAUAGUAUUUAACGCGUUUGUUAUAUCAGGAAUGCAGCUUUUUGGAGGAGUAGUUUAUCAUUACUCUAGUUAUCUGCAUGCUGCCAUUUCGCAAUUUGAAUUUCUGUUGGGAAAGGCAGUCCCAAUUGCUGAUCUUCGCAAAGAUAAACCUUUUAUCGGUCCAACUUUUGUUCUUUUGUUCAUGUUAAUGAUGACGAUAUUUCUUAUGAAUAUGUUGGUAUCUAUCCUGAACGAAUCCUACACUGACGCUAAAGAUAACGUAGAAGAAAGUUCAGAAGAGCUUGAAAUGGCGCAUUUCAUUGGGGAGCGUUUCAUGGACUUAUUCCAAGAAGGAAAAAGGGGACCAGAAUUUAAAUUAUUUUGUGACGAAACAACUUUUGUCAACAUGUGUCGUUCCGACGCAGAACCGUUCUGUUUAAACUCUCAAAGUCUCCUUAAUUGUACGGAGGAACGGUUGGGAAAAUUAGAUAAAAGAAUAAGCGCAGUCAUGAGACGCACAGAGAACAUCGAUGGUGACGAACUAGAGGAGGAGGAAGAGUUUAAUUAUCUCCUCGUCUCCUUGAUUAAUUCUCAUUAG